AUUGUUUUCAUUUUAGUUUUGGCUUUCGUAAUUAUUUAUUUACAAUGUAUUUGUGCUCACUAUGCUUUCAUUACUGAGCACAGUCGGACAUAUCUUCGAUGUGGUGCUAAUACGGCCUAUUACGGCCGUAAUCGAGACUCUCGUGGCGGUCGUGUACUACUUCCUGGCUGCAAGCUGGUUCGUAGGCUACUGUCUCGUUGAAGCCGGCGCGCACAUCUGGAAGGUCCUAUGCGAUGGUUACCAAAUAGCUACUAUUAUAUAUAAGGAGUGCACUCUCUUCUACUGCGAGCUUCGUCACAUGCUCGGCGAGGUGUCCGACUACAUAUACUAUGGCACCGGCGAUGGGCUUAGUCUGGCACGCUAUUUGGCAGAGGAAGUCAUCUUAUUUCUGGGCAACGUGCUCAUUGGACUUGGCAAUUGUACACUGUGGAUUCUACUACUGCUGCCGCGUGCCAUCAUUUGUAUUGUAGACUAUAUAAUAUUGCUACUCGAUAAGCUAGUUAGUUAUAUUGUAGAGCGUGGCACACAUCUGCUUAACAACGUCUUCCGACUGUCAAUUGGCAUCGCUGUUCUCCUGGUACUGUACAUGUUUCGCAGAUAUGUGUAUCUCCUUGCCGUCUAUCUGCUGAGAAGCCUGCGUACUGAGGUCUCAACCAAAGUGCGCUGGGUCUUGGAGUGGGCCUCUAAUUGGACUGAUCGACAUCUAUCCUGGGUGUUGCAAAAACUGGAGGUUGCCGAACCAUCUGGAAAUGCGUCGGGCAGCCGAACACAUUGUGUGGUCUGCCUGGAACGUAACAGGAACAUUGUUGUACUGCCCUGCCGGCAUUUUUGCCUGUGCAAGGAGUGCUCACAGCAGCUUCGGCGCUUUGAAGGGGGCAACCGUUGUCCCCUCUGCCGGCAUAACGUUGACACAUUGAUGCCUGUCUUUGACUGAAUUACCAUUUUUACUGUAUGUGUAUAUAUUAUAAUUAUUUUUAUAUUUUAUGUAAGUCAAUUUAAGCUCAAAAACGUUUUGUAAUAAAAUAAAGUAUAUGA